AUAUUAUUGCUCAUUUUUGUUGUUCCCGCAAGCGGCGUUCGUCGCUCCCCAGAGAUCCAAAUCCAAAUCCGCUGCACUUCCAUUCCCCGUGACUCCCGGAACAAAGUGUCGGACUUCGCCAACGACGCAGUUGUGAUUUGGCAAUGUUAUUGCUGACGGCGCUACUGUGACCUGUCGAAGCAAGAGAAACAACACAACGGUAAACAUGCAGCGUCUGGAAGUGCCUCUGCUGGCGUCGCUGCUUCUGCUGCUGCCGGGAAUCCUGGCCGCCUUCCAGCAGGCGUCCACCGCGGAGGUCAACAUCGUCCACUACCAGCCGGAGCAAGUGCAUCUGGCCUUUGGAGAACACACCGAUAGCGAGAUAGUCGUCACUUGGUCCACGCGCAGCCUGCCGCCGGAUCCGGAAGUGGGUGCGGCCAGCGUGGUGGAGUACGGCCAGCUGGUGGCCGGACAGGCCGAGCUCACCCAACAGGCCCGUGGCACGGCCAGCAAGUUCGUGGACGGCGGCCACAGGCAGGCCACGCAGUUCAUCCACAGGGUGACGCUUAGGGACCUAAAGCCGAAUGCCACCUAUGCCUACCAUUGUGGCAGUGACUUCGGCUGGUCGGCGGUAUUCCAGUUCCGCACGGUGCCCUCCGCGUCCGUCGACUGGUCGCCCUCGCUGGCCAUCUACGGGGACAUGGGCAACGAGAAUGCCCAGUCCCUGGCCCGAUUGCAGCAGGAGACGCAGCGCGGCAUGUACGAUGCCAUCAUCCAUGUGGGUGACUUUGCCUACGACAUGAACUCGCAGAAUGCGCGCGUGGGGGAUGAGUUUAUGCGGCAGAUCGAGUCGGUGGCCGCCUACCUGCCCUACAUGGUGGUGCCCGGCAAUCACGAGGAGAAGUUCAACUUCUCCAACUAUCGGGCCCGCUUCAGCAUGCCGGGCGGCACGGACAACUUGUUCUACAGCUUCGACCUGGGACCCGUUCACUUCGUGGGCAUCAGCACGGAGGUCUACUACUUCCUCAACUACGGCCUGAAGCCGCUGGUUUUCCAGUUCGACUGGCUGCGCGAGGAUCUGGCCAAGGCCAAUCUGCCCGAGAACCGGGCCAAGCGGCCGUGGAUCAUCCUGUACGGCCACAGGCCCAUGUACUGCAGCAACGAGAACGACAACGACUGCACCCACUCGGAGACGCUCACCCGGGUGGGCUGGCCCUUUGUCCAUAUGUUCGGUCUGGAGCCGCUGCUCUACGAGUUCGGCGUGGACGUGGCCAUCUGGGCGCAUGAACACUCGUACGAGCGACUCUGGCCCAUUUACAACUACGAGGUGCGCAAUGGCACGCUAAAGGACUCGCCCUACGAGGAUCCACGUGCUCCGGUGCACAUUGUCACGGGAUCCGCCGGCUGCAAGGAGGGCAGGGAGCCGUUCAAGGGCAAAAUACCCGAAUGGAGCGCGUUCCACAGCCAGGAUUACGGCUACACGCGGCUCAAGGCCCACAAUCGCACCCACCUGCACUUCGAGCAGGUGUCCGACGACAAGGACGGCGCCAUCAUCGAUGACUUCUGGUUGGUGAAAUCCAAACACGGCAGCUACCGGAAUUGAACACUCAUGCGUUCACAAUCGGAACCGAACCACAAUCGAAGCUAAAGGAGUCUCCGCAAGGCAUCACACGCAUUAUCAAUAGCAACUAGCAGUAUUAGUAGCGCACAUUCGCCUCGACCUGAUUCGAUCACAAUUUUACAAGCUAUACCAAUAAGGGUGGCACAUUCCUUAUCCGAAUCUCUCAGCCCCAGCCCGGAACAAACCGCAGUUUUUUACUUAGCCAAUUUUACCAACCCAGCAUUUAGAAUGAGCUGAUACCAAGAACUUUGAAUCUAUACUUGGAUUGAUAUGUGUUUUACAAAUGGUACUCGGGUUCUGCUGGUUGAAAGUGAUUAGAUUAAUUAUUAUUAUCAUGUAUGAGCUAAAGAGGAUUUUAUCCUAUAGUGGACAGCUCGGAAACAAUAUGGUAUUUGAAUAUGACAGAGGUUUAAUUUGUUUUUCCCACAAUUUAUUUUAAUGUAUUUGGUUUAAGGGUUGACCACUUUAUAAACCCUUCUUCAAUAUUCCUUCGGUAUAUAGCCACAUUUCUCUUUACAAGAACAAUUAUAUUUAUCCUUUUAAAAGAAAGAGUUAAUGAUACAAAACUUUUUAAUAUUUUCUUUCUAAAUAUAAAAAGGUGUAUCGGUUUUAACUACUGUUUAUUCCUCAUUAAAGUGUGUGAAAAUUGUACCCUUAUAAAUUAAGAGUUCAAUAUUUAAAAACUUCUUAAAAUUCCCUUUUGAAUUCAAAAAGGAAAAAUCCAUUUUUAACUACUUUUUAUUUCCAAUAAGUGCGCGAAAUCCGAGUACCAAGUGCAUUUUAAGUUCAGCUAAACGGACUACUUACUGAAAUGUAUUUUAAACACACAGUAAAUUCACAAUAAAUGUCUUGAACUUUCAA